AUGGUGUCCCACUCGGGCGGCUGGGAGGAGGUGUCAGAGGACCUGCAGGAUGACGCGAGGCUCGCGCCCCUGGUGGAGGCGGCGUAUGAUGUGUAUCUGCGCCCCCUGGAGCGCGCCAUCGUGCAGCUGCAGUGCCGCGUCUCGCGCGCGCUGGACGCUGUAGAGCCAGCCGCCGCGCGGCGUGCCCAGAUGGGCGGGCGCCUGCCGGGGUACGGGGCGGUAGCAGCGGCGGCGGAGCGUGCGCGGCGCGCGCUCGCGGAGCUAGAGCGGGGCCGGGGCGGCGGCGGCGGCGGCGGCAGCGGCGGCGGCGGCCGCGGCGCAGAGGGGGGCGAAGACGCGUCCGCGGGCACGAGGCUGGGAGGGCGAGGGCGGGCGGACUCGGGUGUGAACACACAGUCAUCAGAGCUGCCUUCGGCGCAGCGGCCGCAGCAACAGCAGCAGCAGCAGCAGCAGCAGCAGCAGCAGCAGCAGCAGCAGCAGCAGCAUCGACAGGAAAGGCAGCGAAAAAAACACCACCAGCAGCAGGAGCAGGAGCAGCAGCAGCAGCAGCAGGAGCAGCAGCAGCUUCCAGAAAAGCAGGGCGCCCCCGGUCGCCCCAGCGCCAAUCGCGCGGCGCGGCGCCGCGAGAUGCUCCAGACCCUCCGCGUCCUGCGACUGGCGGGGGCGCGGCCCAGGACCGUUGGCAGGACCCUCCGGCGCGGCAACAGGCGACUGACCCAAAACUUGGAAGACCUGGUAUGGGGCCCGCGAAAGCGCGCGGCGUCCGCCGCUGCAGCGGACGAGGCGCGGCGGCAGGGGCAGGGGGCGCAGGAGCCGCGGCAGCAGGCGCAGCCGGGGCCGGCGCCACGGGCCGCGCGCGGCGCGGCGAGCGCGGCGGAGGCGCCGGCCGGGCUGGCGAGAGUCAGCAGGGGGGACGCGCUGUGGCGCGCCCUGGAUGAUGCCCCCGCGCCCCGCGCGGCCAGCCUGCUCGCGCGCGCCGCCGCAGCCGACCCGUUGGCGGCAACCGAGCUGCUGCAGCGCGCGGGGUCGGCGGCGGGGUUCCACGCGCCCCAGCAGCGGCUGUGCCGGCAGGACGCGCGACGCGCGCGCCGCUCCCGGCGGGCCGCGAGGCGCGCCGCCAACCAGAGCAGCAGCACGAGCGCCAGCGACGGGACGGGCGUGGAGUCGGAGCAGGACGGGGAGGAUGAGCAGCAGCAGCAGCAGCAGCAGCAGCAGCAGCAGCAGCAGCAGCAGCAGCAGCAGCAGCAGCAGCAGCAGCAGCAGCAGGCAACAGCCCUCCUUGCCACGCCGUUGCCACUGCGCGACGCGGCGCCAGCCCGGGCCGGAACGGUGCAGCGCGCAGGCACCACAGAGGGCACGCCGCCGCCGACGCAGGCGGCCCAGCUGGCGCCAGCGCCGGCCGCCAAGGUCCUGGCGGCGCGCUGGCUCUGCCUCUCGCUGCGCCAGCUCCGCGGCGGCCCGCCGGGCGCACCGAAGGCGCUCCGGCUGCGGCGCUUGUGCGACGCCGCGGCGCGUGAGGGCGGGGGCGUGGCGGUGGCCGCGGGGGUCACUCCCGCGGCUGCGCCCACGAGGGUGCGUGCAGCUGUGUCCCCAGGGGUACCACCAAAGACAGAGGAGCGUGGCCGGCCGCAAGGCGAAUCGGAGGAAGAGGACGAGGGGGGCGUGUGGCGGAAGCGGUCGCCUGGCGGCGUGCGGCGAGUGUGGGCCGGCGGGGCGACGCCGAAGUGCGGCAACUGCAAGAUGUGCCUUAACCCCCAGAUGAAGAAGGCCUGCAUCGUGAACCGCGAGAGGAUAGCACAGGGCCUCAAGCCCCUGCUGCCAGGCUCUGGCUGA